AACAGAGUCUCGYGUCUUCGACCAUCUCUUGUUUGGUGCUKAUUCUGGCUUUCUUUCGACGUUUUCGACCCAUAUUAUUCAGAUUUAUCUUCUCGAAAUGCUGGCAACAGGUAACACUCUACAGAAAGAAGAAAUGGAGCUCGAUAAUAAUGAAGAAUUUCACUUCACAGAGGAACCUUCGCUUGAAAAAAUCCGGCAACUACAAGCACAGUUUGCAAGAGAGAGAGACUGGGACAAAUUUCACCAGCCCAGAAAUUUACUGUUAGCAAUGGUUGGAGAAGUUGGGGAAGUUGCAGAACUAUUUCAGUGGAGAGACAAAGUGGAAGUAGGGCUACCAGAUUGGUCAAUGGAAGAGAAACAGCAUCUGUCGCAAGAACUUAGUGAUGUUCUAAUAUACUUAGURAGGCUGGCAGAAAGAUGCCAUGUUGACCUGCCUAAAGAGGUUUUGGAAAAAAUGAAGUUGAAUGAACAGAAAUACCCAGCUCACCUGGUCCGAGGGUCAUCCAAAAAAUACACUGAAUACAAGCAGGACAACAGUUGAAAAUUGACUAUUCAUAGAUUUUUAAUUUUUUUAGCGUAAA